AUGAAAAAACUUCGCAAUGAUCUGUACGAUGACUUGCGAGAUGAAUUAGAAGACGAAUUAAGAGAUACAUUCGUGUCUGAUUUAAUUGAGAAUGUAAAGGCGGACAUAUUAGAGGAUAUACGGGAUGAGAUGAAAGAGCAACUGGUGAAUUUAGAGGAGGAGAUGAAAGAGAAGCUGAGAGAGGAACUGAAGGUCGACCUCACAAGCGAAGUGGAGGAAGAGGUCACUAAUGAAUUGAUUGCUCGAUUCAAGCUGGAUAUCACACAACUGAAGAGUAGGAUAUCCAAGCUAGGAAGGAAAGAGGGAGUAGGGAAGGCAUCAGAAGCUAGUGAAGAAGCUUCGAUUGUGACUGUGAAGUCUCCAACUAGUCCCAAGAAGAGAGUGGUUUCUGAGGAGAAGGAGAAAGAUAUCGAAGGGGAGCGUACGCAGCAGAAGAAAGAGAGGGAAGGGAGCCCUGUCGUGGAUUGGAGGAACACAUUAUAG